GCAAUUUGGAAUCGAACCUAAUUUGGAAUAUUGAGAAAAAACUAAGAAGAGCAACUGCUAGCACUUCUUUGUAUUCUUUGUUUUUUCUUUACCUAUAUGAAAUAGUGAGGAAAUCCCAAAAUUAAAAUUUUGAUCCAAUUUAAAAUUAUCUUACUGUAUUCUAUUUUUAGAUAUGAGGUGACUAAAAUAACCUUUGUGAAGUUAUUAAGUUUUCUCAAUACGUUUUUCAUAAUUUCCUUUUUUUGGAGCUAAUUAAUUUUCUAUUUAUUUCAAUUUUUUUUAAGUAUUAUAAUUACAUAAAAUUUGUACUUUUUAUUUCUCGAUUUUAACGAAAACAUUGACAAUAAUAAUGACGAAUAUAUGCUAGCAUUAUUACUUCUUAUUAAGGUAACUACCCAAGAAACAUUUUUUUCUGAAUAGAGUGUUGUAGAAUUCCUUAAAUAAGGCACUAUAGAACCAAAAAUCUUUUUAUUUGCUUAUAACGCUCUUGGUCCCAUCAUUGAGAUUACUAUAAGUAAAGUGGCGCACUCUUAAAUAUCUUAAGAGCUCCUAUAGGAAUUUCGACAGAAAAUUCUCACUUUAAGUCUUUUAAAAGUGCACUAAAAGAUUUAUUUAAUAUUUGGUUCUAUAAGGCAGCUAUUUUGCUUCUUGGGUAAGGAUUUUGGACAAUUAAUUCAUUGCAGAUUAUUUUAUAAUUUUUAUAGAGGAAAAUCAGAAAAUUCAGUCCUUAAAAUUGUUUUUUCAUUCAAUUUUGACAGAUCGAUUUUCUAGAAACUUAACGAAAAAUUAACAAAUCAUGUGACUGAUCCGAAAGCCUAAGAAAAAUGUGAUAAUUUUAAUUUAAAGCUAAAAUUUUAUUAAAUUAUAAUACCCAGGGUUUAGUUUCAUUUUAAUAAUGGUUAAAACUCUAUAUGGUAAAAACUUAACGAAAAAUUGAUAAGUUAUAUUCCUGUGCUCAUAGUCUUUAAAAAACGUGAAAAUUUUAAUUUAAAGCUGAAAUUUCAUUAAAUUUUAAUAGCAGAGUAAAAACUUAACGAAAAAAGUUAAGAAAAUAAUAAAUUUGACGAAAUUAAUGCCCAGCGUACAGCAGCUUUUGUUUGUUCGAAAUUGUCUUCCAAAAGCUCUCUCGCUCUCACUGAAAUAUCAAAAACUUAUUUACAAAAUAAAAGUUAUUGUGCCGGGCCGAAGUUUCCAGAAAUAUUUCAGUACACAAUAAUACUUUUAUUCCUACACUGAGAAAAAACGGAGGUGCGAUUAACUUUUGUUUCCUCAUAAUUUUAACACUUUUUAGGUGUAAAAAUAUAUCAACAUUUUUAAUGUUAAUUUUACACCUUUUUAAGGGUAAAAUUAACAUUAAAAAGGGUAACUUUAACCUCUAAUACACCUAAAAAGCAUUAUAUUUACACUGAUUUUGGAUAAAUACUGCAGGGUAAAAUAAACAUUUCCGGAAUGUUAUUUUAACUUUUUCAGAUUUCUCUCAGUAUAGAUAAAGAUGAAUUUAAGUAUUUAUCUAUCAAGCUGUAGUUUUUUUUUUUAAAUUUAUUUUUUAUUUUAAAUUUAGUUCAAAAAUUUAUAGAACUGCCAAGUAUUUCUGACAACUUUUGAAGAACAAUUUUUUUAAAAGAAUUUUUUUUUAAUAAUUGUCACUCAGAUUUAAAAUGUCAUAAACUUAACGAAAAUAAAAAUUGAUUUAAAUAAUAUUGAUUUUUCGUUUUAUAAAGAUUAUCGAACUUUUAGGGUAAAAAGAUGAAAGGUACAAUUCGAAUGAACAACAAAAACAUAAAAGACCAAAAAAGACAAUAUUACUACUUGCUUAAAUGGGUAUAAUAUGAAUGUAAUGGCGUAUACACACUAAAAGCAAUUUUCGGUAAAAAUUACCUAUGCCUGUGUAGGAAAAAUUCUUCAAUAUGGACAAAAAUUUCUCUAGAUUAUCUAGAUACCUUAAGUCACCAUUAUUGGUAGUUUAAAUUUGAAAAAUAAGUAAUUUGGAAAUUAUCAAAAAUUACACUUUAAAAUUUAAUUUACUCUAAUAUCACAAACUUAACGAAUAAAUUCAAAAAAUAUUGGCCGCUGACGAGAAAAUAAAGUUAUACCAAUUUUUUCUGCUUUUUGUUUAUUUUUCACGUAUUCGUGCAAUAGUUCUAAUAACCUUCAUCUUGAUUUACAUUUUGAGUUGUUUUCCUUGUUUCUAUUGACAAUUCUUCUUCAGUUCUGACAACUCUUUUCAAUGUCAGAAACUUAACGAAGACUUUGACAUUGAUUCAAAUUUUUAAGUGUGAGAAAUAGAAAAGUCGAAAUGUUCUUUCGAAAUCACUUUGGACUUCCCUUUCGAUCAUGAUAUUGGGAAAUAGGGGAAAUAUCAGGGACGUUCAAGGGAGAUAGGAGACACGUGCCUGAUCCCCCUGCUCCUCGGAAAUUGAUAACAAUGAGCGCCGAAGGGCACAAUCUAGGUUCCAGAGUGUGGGUGAAGGGCUCGUCUGAUGAAAUGUGUGCUCUUGACAGAGACCGUCCAGAGAGCGAGUAAAACCGCGAGAUUGCAACUUCCCAGACUCGUACAACGCUUUUCCCGCCACACGGCAUUUUCUCUGGGUGGCCCUCUCUCUCCCUCUCUCAAGAUCCCCCAAUUCACCAUAAAUAUGCUUUUUUUAUGUAAUUGGCCGUGAGAGAGCUCCCCACCUCCUCGGGAGAGAGGGAGAGACUUUGUGAGUGCCUUGACGGCAUGUGCUGAGAGAGAAGCAUAAGCAUGGAAGUGGGAGAGUGUGUGAGAGUUUGCGCGAUACUUGCAAAAUGUUUUGGGCCCGAGACUCUCCCGCCACAUGAAAGCUCAACACGAUCAGUCAGUCGAUGACUUUUGCUUGGUUUGAACGCGGUCGCGAUUGUGUUCUUUGCAAAUGCACGUGAGCAUUUUUCCGUGGAUUGUUUUCGUUCAGCAUCGCUACAUUCUCCACCAUUGCUCACAGACUUCCGUCUCACGGGGGUGCAAAUCAUUUCCCGGGGUGUCAACGGUUUUACUUUGACGUUUAACUUAACGAAAAGUGCGCUUCUUUAAUCAGUGUCUUCCUUUGUGGAUUUUUUUUCGUUGUUGUGCACUUUUGGAUUAUUUGCUCAACAUCCUGCCGUCAGGAUAUUGGAUUUAAUACUCCCGAAUGACAUUCGGGAUCUUUUGAAUGGUGUUUAAGUUUUUGCAUAGUGAAGUUAGUAGAGGAUAAGGCUGAUUUUUGAAAUAAUAAAAAACUUAACGAAAACAGUGAGUGUCCUCGUGCACUGUGAGGAACAGUAAACCCAAAACAAACAAGAGGGACAAUAUUAUCAGUGUUGGAAGAGAAAAUAAAAAUCAGUGUGAUUUUUCAUCGAUAGAAUUAACUAAGAGUAUUUAAGUGGUGAUAGCGUGAUAUUGCCUAUAGAGCAAUUUUUUUUCGUUAUCUCAUUCUAUACACCUUUCGUCUCGUUCUCUACCAUUUACUCACUCUUGUACAAGGACGAACAUGUGUAUUUAAUAUGUUCCAAUCUCAACUCUAUACUUCCUUGUAUUAUUUUUUUUAAAUAAAUUUAUUUCUUCAUCAAUUACUACACCGAAACGUGUUCAAGGUUCCAAAAUAACCGAAUAAACACCAUCACAGAGGCGACUUUUCCAUCUUGAAAGCCUGAACUUAAACUACAACUUUAGUGCCGUGCCUUUUAAUACUCCAUAAUUCUCAAUUUUAUUGGGUGUAUCGAGGUAUCUGCAAGAGAAAAUUUACUUUUAAUACACGAGGCUUUUUUAUUAAGAGAAAAAAAAACCCGAACCAAGUGUCAAGUGCGAGUGUGACGGUUUGAGAUUUUAUUUGUUACCAAAAAAAAGAAAGAAGGAAAAUAUCAACAAGUGAGAAAAGUAUAAAUAAAAGUUGUUACAGUGCAGAAAAGAAACCAUUGGAUUAUAAUACAUUACGUUAACACUGGGAUUAUCUCGAUUGAUUUACAACUCUUUGGAUUAUUGCCAUCUUCCACCAACCCCUUAUUGAUUCUAUUCUUGGAAGAAUCCAUCAUGACAUUUGGCGGUGUUUGAGGAUUUUGUGAACUGAGUGCCUUAAUGUCACCUUCCUGAGCUCAUCCUGCGAGUCCUCAAAUGAGUCGAGGACAGGAAAGCUUCUACCCAAAUGACGACUCUCGUCGAAUAUCAAAGAUUACCACCGAAUAAAUGUAUCUGAAUUAACAAAAAUGCCAACAAUUCACCAACAAGUCGUGAAGUGUUCAUCCAUACGUGAUAAAUUCCUGGAAAAAUUUCCCAAACACAGGAAAAUAAUAAGAAAAAUGUGAAAUAUUAGUGCCUUGGAAAAGUCAAAUAAGUAAUAUUUCUCUUUUCAUUGGAAUAAGUGUUUAAUGGUGUGGAAAAAAGAACUGUGAUUAUCAAAAUUUUAUAUAACGUUAUUCAGUUCAAAUAUAAAACAAUUGAAGUGUUUUAGUGAAGUGGACAAGAAACCGUUCAAAGCUAUUCCAAAGUGCUAUAAAUGUGUUAUCGAAGUAAACAACCACUGCCUUUUUAUCCAAUGCAUCAACCAUCUCAAUGUUUGCAUUCGUGAAACAGUUCAACAGUAGACAAUCUCAGUGUUUGAAAAUAACGAACAGACUGAUUUUACCGCAAGAACUUUUGUAAAUUUUUGAAAUAGGAAAAAAAAAGACAGAAAGAUAAAGAACAGGAAAAGAGUUUAAGAGCAAAGUAAAUUGAAUUAGUAAGCUAGCGGUAGGUGUUUUAGCUCUUUAAGAUAAUGCACAUUAUCCAGGUGAUAUGGAUGAAAUUGUGACUGAAGAAAUGUAUCGAAAUCACUUCACAGCUGUAUUGAGACGCUACAGAGACGAGAGAAUAGAGGGCAGUGCUGCUGUGGCAAUGCCAUUUAUCGAAGACGAGCUCCUCUGGUGUCCGGAUAACGAUGGGAGGAUGGUGGAUAUCUCAGCUUGUCUUCAGGACGCCGUAACUGCAAAUACGACGAAUCAAAACCAGGAGAUUGCAGGUGGUUCGUGUGAUUUGAGCUCACUGGAUCCCCUGUGCAAUGAUUCGGAUGAGAUUCUGCGGCAAUUGGCUGAGAAUCCCUUCGAGUUAGACUCCUUCUUCUCUGACUUUUCCGCUGUGGAAGUCAAGCAGGAGGAAAACAACAAUGACCUGCCCGUUGAUCCGAACGACAGUCCAACGUAUCUGACAAACUGCCAAAGCGCUUCGGCGCCAACCACCUUACCGCUGCAGACACAGACCAACGCGUCCGAGAACGUUGUGUCGCAGGCUGACUCAUCACAGAGCCACGCCCAGCAGCAACAUCAAUCGAUCCUGGCUCUUGCUUCUGCCAUCUCAGCGAGUUCCUUCGGAUCGCAUCAGACACAGAACGGACGCAAUUCAGCGUCUAUCAACAGAUACUCCAUUGCGGCCAAUCCGCUCCUGGCGGAGAAACUCAUGGCGCCAAAUCUCAAUGACAUCGACAGCAGCCUGGCCAUCGGCAAUCGGGCAGGGAGACCGCCGGACGUUAAAGUGAACACAGAAAUUCCCAUCUUGCCACAGUCGCCGAGUCCGCCGCCUCAACAGAGGAUCUCAUCUGCUUCAAUACCUGCGGCAAGUGCAACAAAUGGCCACCACCAGGGACCACCGCCACACCGGCAACUCCUCCAUGGGCUGCUUAGCGGAGCGCCGAUCCAUUCAGCGCCAUACCAUAGGAACUACAGCACGUCAAGCACAGGUUCACUGCCACCGAGUCCGGCGGAUAGUGGAGUCUCGGACGUGGAUUCCUCCAGUUCGGGUGGCCAACCAGCGUGCAGCGAAGAGCUGAAAGCACGUCUGGGGAUGCCACCUCACUGCCCGCCACAGGGACACAUGGCGCCCGGCACCUUCCUGCAUCCCAACUUUUACCACAACUCACCGCCACAAUUACGUAAUAUAUGGAAUAAUCGCAAUGUAUCACUGCCAGACAGUUACUACCUGCAUUCGAUGAAUGGUAGCUAUCCGCCAUCGCACUUCCCUACACCGUCUCCGGCCCGAGUGGGUCCCCACCAGGCGCUCCAUCCCCAAAGUGUAAUCCAGGCGGCGACGUCGAGUGUCGGCGACGACAUAUCCUACAUGCUGGAAUUGGGCUUCCAGCAGCGCAAACUGAAGAAGCCCAAGAAGCCCCGAAUUGAGAUGGGAGUGAAGAGGAAGAGUCGAGAAGGGUCAACUACGUACCUAUGGGAGUUUCUGCUGAAACUCCUGCAGGAUCGUGAGUACUGCCCGCGCUACAUCAAGUGGACAAAUCGCGAGAAGGGUGUGUUCAAGCUGGUAGAUUCGAAGGCUGUGUCGCGACUGUGGGGUCUACACAAGAACAAGCCCGACAUGAACUACGAGACCAUGGGUCGGGCCCUUCGGUACUACUACCAGCGGGGCAUUCUGGCCAAGGUGGAUGGUCAGAGGCUGGUGUAUCAAUUUGUCGAUGUGCCCAAGGAUAUUGUUGAGAUUGACUGCACUGGUGCGUAAGUUCGCUGAUGAUUUGCGUUGAAGUGUCAACUUCCCCUUAACCUAACCUCUCUCUUCUGGCUUUUCUUUUGUUUUUUUUUUAUUAUUUCUCCGUGGACCUAACCUCUCUUUUAUGUGAUCCACGAAUCUUUGUCGAACAAAACAAAAACCAAAACCUUAUUUAUUUUCUCAUUGAACUUUUUUUUUUGCCACUCAACGCAUCAUUCAAAGAUAUUCCUUCCACCAUCUCACAUAACCUAAAAAAAAAGAAAAGAAAUUCUCCAUAUUGAACCCACACAGAAUCUUCGGCUCGAAGGUUCGGACAUGAAGUUAAAAAGAUCACCUUUAAAUGUAAAGUUAAAUUAAUUUUUUUCUUUUUUUUUGUAAAAGUGAGACAAAAAAUAUUUUUAAAAAUUAUUAAAAAAAAAAUACAAAUAUUGAUAAAAAAAACAUGAAAUCAUCUGUGCAAUGAACCAAAAUAGAUGUAAAGAAAAUUAUUAAUUAAAUUUAUUAAUAAACUUAGACGUAAAUGAUCGUUAAUUGUAUAGUAAAUAGAUGAAUGAGAGAGAACAAAAUAGCAAAUAAGAUUUUACACACACAGACACACAAUUCUAUGGUCAAGACAAGAAUGAGUGACAAGUGAAACUGGCUAACAUUAAGUUUACGCGGAGGCAUAUAGACAAAAAAAAAACGGAAACUUGUUUAGGAAAGAACGCUGUUGCUUCUAUCAACAAUUGUCGUAACUGCUGCAGAUACGACAAUUGUUUAUCGAACCGGCGAAAAAUUGAAAAAAAUCACACUGUACAAAGAACAAAUACGUAGAGGACAGUUCCUCUCUUGAAAGACAUAAAAUUUCGUGUAAAUAUCAAAAGUUUUUACAAAACAAAGAAUAUUUAAAAAUAUAUAUAUAUAUUGAUAGAAAAUUGCGAAAAUAAAGUUUUUCAGCAACUCACAACUUAUGGCAUCUCAACGAAUAGCAAAAAAACUAAGAAUUUUGAAUGAUGAAAAGCUAAAAAAAAUGUGUCAAUAGCAAAAAGAAAUAAAUAAAACACUCAAAAGAAAUCAAAGAAAAUAUCGAGAAAAAAAUUACUUGUUGUAUAACGUUUGAAUGUUGAUGGCAUGAAAAUAUGUAUGGAAAUUAUUUUUCCCUAAUUUUUAGGUGAAAAAACAAAAGAAAAGUGAAAAAGAAUAGCUAAAUGUUUCACCCCCUAUGUUGAAUGUUGACCAAUACAAAAAUAAAAAAUGAAAUAGUAAUUAAUUUUCCAGUGAAUAGCAAAUAAUCGUUUUGAUACAGUUUUUUAAACAAAUCAGACAUAUUUAUAUUUGUUACAUAUUUUUCACAAAGAUAGCAAAAAAAAUGAAAAAGAGAAAAUGUAAAGUUGAUGGGAAAAGUGAAAGAUGGUUCUUAAAAAAAUAAAAAAAAUACAAGAAUUGUGAUUGAUAUAGAGUGUAAGAUUUAAAUAACAAAAAAAAUGUGAGGAAUUCUAACUGACUUUGGUACAAGGAGCAAUAAUUUAGAGUUUUUAUCGAAUAUUCUUUUUCUUCUUUUUCACAAUUUAUUUUUUGAUUUUUCUUUUUUAAAUUUGAUUUUAGCUUUUCGAUGCGACAUGAUGAGUUUUGAAAUGCCUUGAAUAUCAUGUGAUGGAUAAAAAUUAUAGAGUUUUUAGCCAAAGACGAAUGCUUUGGUGGAAUUUCAGAGCAAUGAACGGAAGGGAAAAGAAUAUUUUCCGCAGGAAACUUUUAAUUUGACUAAAGUUUGAACUUGUGAGGUGGAAAAAAACCAAGUUGUUGGAGGUUAAAAUUGGAGAUAACCUGUAUAACCUCACUUUUGGGCUUGAUUGUCACUCUACUUGACAGAAAGGCCUGUCGUGGCUUGAGACAUAACCCCACUUUCAGCUUCAAAAAUUGAUAUUAGAACUGAUUCUCUUGUUUAGUCUACAGGUUUUUUUUGGAAUGUAAGGUUAGGUUGAAUAUGAAAUUCCUAAAAAUCUUAAAUAAUACGCAGUAUUACCUUUAUCAAUGAUUAACUAUUUCAGCAAUAAAUGAAGAAAUCCCAAAUCCUUAACAAAUUCUAACCUCUUGAUGAAUUACUGAAGUUAGAAUCGGAGAUUUCAGUUUUUUGGUUUAAAGAAUAGCUACACUCGACUCUUCGUUAUCCGGGUGACGUGAGGACAAAAUGACAUUUCGGUUUUUUGAACCUGGUCAACGUUUUUUAUAUUUUCUGCUGUGGGAAUUUGUUUUCUGUCGAAAAACUACAUAAUUUUCUUUGCAGUGUAUUUAUGUUUCAUUUUUUAGCACGAUUGUGUGUCAAAAACUUUGAUAAAAUGAAAAUAACACAUUAAUUCACUUUGGACAAACUGCAUGUUUUGUAAAAAAAAAUCGUUUUGAAUACAUCAACCGCCAGCAUUUGGCAGCUGUCACCCGGAUAAUGAAGUGCCGGAUAACGAAUAGCCGUGUGUAUUUAAAAACCUUUCCUGCAUUUUAGGUACAUGUAAUUCUAACCUUAGAAAAUCUUUUUUAGGUUAGAAUCCAUCAAACAUGACUAAAAGCAAAAGAUUAAUUUCAAAAGCUGAAUAAAUACAAUCAUUUUAUGGAAUUUCUCAAGUUUUGGUACUUAAAUAUUUUUCAGGUUAUAUUGGUUUCAGUCAAAACUGAUAAACACCUAAUUCUCAGGUCUUAUCAGAGACAGGAAAAAUUCCUUCCUUUCAAACUGAAGCCAAUUAUAAAAACUUUUGGGAUAAUAAACUAAAUUGAACACGUGGUAAAAAAAAUUAAAAUUUUAGGUUAGAAACAAAAUAACCUAAAAUUACAUACCCUCAUUGUCAAUUUUACAAAGAAUUUUGUUGCUCUACAUCAGAUCGCACUAAAUAAUUAUGUUUUCUACACGAAACUCUUGAAUUGUAGGUAUAGUUGAUAUGUGUCAAAAAGCUGCAAAUUUGAGGUUAGAAUUCAAUUAUCCUUCUUAAGCAAAAUUGUGUUUUUUUACAAUAUCAUUUUGUUAGGAUAAAUUGAUUCUUUGAUCUAGAAAUCGUCGUUAAAGCUGUUUAUAGAAUGCAACAAAAAAUUUCAUUCAACAUCCAACUAAAAUUUGAAAAAAAAAUUUUAACCUAGAUCUUUAGGAAAAUUUAUCGUCGUAUAAUUUCCUUUCUAGGUUAUGUCAUUUCAGAGAGAUUUUCUAUUUUUGAUAAAACUUCUUAUUUAAGAAAGUUCUUCUAAUGUUUUUAGCGACAUUCUAAGCGUAUUUGAGGUUAGGAAUGACAAAUAUUUUCAGUUUUCUGCAUGGGAAUUUUGUAACAGUAUGACAAUGUCAUAAUGACAUAUUUCGAAUUUUUUAUAUGGUAAAUUCGGCGAAAAUGUUGGAAAAUGUAGCUCAGAUCAGUGAUUGAGAUAUUGAUAGAGCUACUUGUAAUAGCCAUUCGAUAUCACCGGCCUUUAAUGUUAUCUUUCUUCCGAACAUAACCUCGAAAAUAUGUCAUAUGACAUUGUUAUAUUGUUACAGAAUUCCCCUACUGGUAACAAGUCAACUGUAACAAAUACUAAUUGAAGUUUUUCAAAAAGUUUGGAGGUUAAAACAAUUUUACUUCCUAGGUUAUGUCAUUUUAAAAUAACAUAACCUGUUAUUUGGAGAAUUUUUUCUAAUAUUCUGAGUGACAUUAUUAACGAUUUUGAGGUUAGGAAUGUGAAAUCAUUUCAGUUAUUUGGAUAUAAGUCAAUUAUUACAAAUUCCCAUUUAAGAGGAUACGAGAAUUGUUUAAAACAUAACCUCAAAUUCUACUCUAACCUUUCUGUAAAUCAAAAGAAUCAGAAUAAAAAUAUCUUAAUCAAUCUCAUCAAUCUUAGUCAACCAACAACUUGGUUUAUUUUUCACAAGUUCAACAGAGCUCCAAAUUUUUUAAUUUUUUCCAAAGUUUUUCUUUUAAAUCUAAUUAAGACGGUGCUUUAGGUGAAUUUUCUCGUGGGCCUCUGACUUGAAAGCAAGCUAAAGAAACGAAAUGGGACGAAAAAUUUUGAGUGAAAAUUAGGGAAACUAGUUGAUUAGCAAAAAACUUAAUAAAAAAAAGAGUUUUUGGCACAAAAGUUUCACAUUUUUUAAUUUUUAUUUUUGGUCAAUUAUACUUAAAACUAAUACUACACAGGCAUAAUAAAAAAUCAAAUCGAAAUGAAUCGCCAGAGUGUAAAAAAUUAUUGUAAAAUUUAAUCUGCAAAAGAAUCUACUUAAAAAUAAUCGUAAAAAAAAUUGAGUGUAAUUUGAAUAUUUAAAAAGAAAAAAAUAGUGAGGAAAAGAUGAAUUUUUUACACACUUUUUAUAUAAAAAUUAGCCAUUCAAUGUAUAGAAAAAAAAAUUAGGCAAAAUAAAAAACAUUUCUUGAGGAAUUAGUAAAGAAGAAAUUGCUGUAAAAAUUAUUGUGCUUCUUGAGGGACGAUCUCAGAUUUUUGUUUUUUUGGUAGGACGGUUUUUUUUUUGGUUUUAGUGGAGAGGACUGUUGGGUAAUUUAUUGCAUUUUUGGCUUUGAUAUCCUUCUCUUAACCUUUUGGGAAAGUUUUAGGAAAAAAAAACCGGCGCGUUUCUGGUGGGAAAAUGGAAGAAAAAUGAAUAUUUGAGUACCUCAUCGAGAACACUUGCUACAAAAAAGAAACUCAACAAAACAAUUUAUAAAUAAAUAAUAGAAAAUAUAAAUUAAAAAUUUUGGUUUUUGCACUUUGUGUCUUCUACGUUGUUUAUUUUUUUUUUUUGGUUUUUCAAACUAAUUUCUCGCUGAUAACAUAAAUUUUAGUAUUUGAAAAAAAAGAAAAAUAUAAUUAAAAAAAGAAAAAACAUAAUCUUCGGUUUGCGUCCAACGAAUUUGUGAUAAAGUAAAAAGAAAUAAUUACGAAAUCAAUUUAGAAAAAUGGUAAAAAUCUUUCAAUCAUCUUCCUUUUAUAAAAAAAAACGUUUUUCUCAUUUAAAAAACGCUUUUGAAAAUGUAAAAAAUAACUUUGCAAAUAAUUUGUUUAAUUCAAAAAGUUUCGUAGCAAACAGAACACAAAUUUUCUGUAGUAAAAAAAGAAAAUCAUCUUUUCUAGAAAUAUUCAUUGAAAAAAAAACACAUUUGAAUACAUUUUUUAAAAAAUAUUUAAAAAAUAAAUUGAGAACUAGUGAAAUUUUUUGCACAUAUAGGCAAAUUUUUGGACAACUCGUGGACCUCAAAAUAUAUUCUUAAAGUGAAAAAAGAUAACCAAGAAAAUACAAAAUAAUAACUUUAAAGAAAAAAUAUUGCUAAGAGAGAUAAAAAAAAGAUCUCAGAAAAAAUCAUCUUAUUCAGUACUAUUGGAUCAUCUUAUUGAAAAAGAAAAAAAAAACUACUUUUAAAAGAAUAUUUAAAUAUUAAAAAAAAUAUGUACAACUUUUUAAACUGCCGACAAAUUUAUACACACAAGUCUUUUUACAGUAAAAAGGAAAAAAAUUAAAAUAGAAAAAUUUAAAUAAUAAAUGCAUCUUCCCGGAUAAAUCCAAAAAAAAACAAAAAAUCAUCUAUAGUUACACAAAAUAAAUUUAAAGAAAAAACAACCUAUAAUACAAAUUGAAAAUAGCCUUUCAAUGUAUGAAAAAUAGAGAAUAUGAAGACAAAAAAAAAAUACAAUUAAAUCAAAUAUUAAAUGUACUGUCAAGAAAAAUGAAACAUAUUAUUAAGAAAAAAAAACUUAUUGAAGAAUAGAAAUUUUAUUAAAUUUAGAUCAAUUUCACAAAAAAAAUAUUCAGAUUAAAGGAACUAAAAAAAAUGAAACGUAAAAAUAUUUGCAUAUUAUUGAAUUAAAAAAAAAGAUGAUGAAGAAAAUUUCUUAUAUAAAUGUAACAAAAUAUUUGAAUAUUUAUACUUAAAAAAAAAACCUAAAAGAUUGAAAGCAAAAUUCGUAGAUGAUCGUGCAAAAUAAAAACGGAUAAAAGACUUGAAAACGAUAAAUUUUUACAGUUCCACAAGACUCUUAAGAUUGAAUGGCGAAAGAAUGUGGAUUUUCUAAAUGAGAGAUCGAAUAAAAAACUCUUUUUAUUUACAAAAAAAAAAUCAAAAACAAAAAUUACAGACAACAGAAAUCAACUGAAAAUAGAAAAAAAACAAAAAAUAUGUUUCAUGUACGGAGGUGAUAUUUUCAAAAUAAUUUAUUAAAAAUUAAAGAAAAAAACCAAGAAAAUCAAAAUACGCCACGUGAAAAAACCCUAAAAAAAUAAACUUACUAAACAACAAAAAAAAAAAAUAGAAAUGGUGAAUUGUGUUGAAGAAGAAGAAAAAUGGAUGAAGAGAAAAUCAAUUAAAUUAUAGUAAUUAACAUCCUUAAGAAUUAGUGUUUGGAAAUUAUAUUAAGAGUUUAUAUAAUUUGUACAUAAAUGAGAAUAUAAAUGUAAUUAUUUUAUUUGUAAGUUUUUCCUCCUCAGCAAAAAAAUUCUUUUUGUGUUGUACAUUUUUUUUUCUUUUUCCCCUCUUAAACUAUUGAGAGAAUCUUUAAGUUCUUUUUUUUUGUCAAAUUUUUGACGAGAAAAAUUGCUGUAGUAAGUUAUGUUUUAUUUGUAAAUUUUUGGUGAAAAAAACAACAAACAUGUACAUUUUUAAUUUGUAGUACUCUUUUUUUCUGUUAAAUUAAGCAUAAUGUAAUUUCUCUUUAUGUAUAAUUAUCAAAAUAAUAUAGUUUUUAUUGAGAAAA